AUGGCCGUCUCACUCAAGAACUCCUUCGUCUCAUCGGCUACCUACAAUUCUCUCCCACGUAUAAGUGAAGUGGCAACUGUUUCUCAGGACCAUUCUGACGACCUAAAUGAGCUUCGCGUCCUUCUCACUAAGCACAAUGUUCCAUCAACCGUCUCGGUCCGACUGAUCCACAAACAUUUUGACGCCAACGACGGCGAGGUCAUGGCCAUCAAGGAGGUCACAGUCCCAUCCUAUGGCGCCGUUUACUCCCUAGGACCAUUGAAGCUCGCAGAACAAUCCUCCCAACUACGCCCCAUCCACUAUUAUGUUGACGAAACUGGAUCAUUUCAAGCAUACGAAUACACAAACGCUCAAGUUCCCGACCUGUCCAGGUACGAUUCGUUUCUUGCCGAGUUCAGUAAGAUUGUCAUCGAGCGUGGCCUGCAGCGCAAACUGGGAUUAAAGCUGAACACCAAAAUGGACGAGGCGGGUUGGACCGAGCUUGAGUUUCGAGAUAAACGAAGCACUAUUAUUUUCCCAGACGGAAUGCCGAUACCAGACGGCAUGGACGAGGAUACUGAGUUGAAUAUUACCACGGAAUGGGGCGCGAAGGAUCACACCUUUCGACGUGUCUGUGUUAUUUGCAUACACACCUGUGUUAGUCAUCCAAAAAAAAGUAAAUGCCCAGAGGAGUUAGGAGUCUACUUGGGAGGACAGAAGCUAGAAUUCGGCUCGCCGGUUUAUAACAUUGUGAACGCCGUUACUGAGGUCUGGUAA